AAUAGCGCCCCGAACUCCCUUGCACUGCACACACAGAAACACACGGCAGAGGCAGUCUAAACCCUGUACACGCACAGCAGCAGGAGAGGUAGCUUGGCAGCCAUGGCGAAGAAGGCGGCGGUGAUCGCCACGCUGCUGGCCCUGAACCUGCUCUUCUUCACCUUCGCCGACGCCUGCGGCUGCCACUGCGGAUCCUGCCCUAGCCCCGGCGGAGGCGGCGGCGGUGGGGGUGGCGGUGGAGGUGGGAGUGGUGGCGGUGGUGGUGGGAGCGGGGGCAGUGGAGGCAGCGGUGGAGGCGGUUCUGGAGGAGGCGGUAGCGGCGGAGGCGGAUCAGGAGGAGGCGGCAGCGGCGGCGGCGGGUCCGGCAGUGGCGGAUCGGGAGGAGGCGGAUCAGGUGGGCGCGCGCGGUGCCCCAUCGACGCGCUGAAGCUGGGGGUGUGCGCCAACGUGCUCAACGGGCUGAUCAACCUGCAGCUGGGGACGCCGCCGAAGCAGCCGUGCUGCUCGCUGAUCCAGGGGCUCGCCGACCUGGAGGCGGCGGUGUGCCUGUGCACGGCGCUCAAGGCCAACAUCCUGGGCAUCAACCUCAACGUGCCCAUCGACCUCAGCCUCCUCGUCAACUACUGCGGCAAGAACGUCCCCUCCGGCUUCCAGUGCCCCCGCUAGAAGAGAAGACCCGAGAGAUCCAUCGUCCACUGCAUGCAGGCAUCCACUAUACGUACGUACGUGCGUGCAUGCAUGAUCUACAAUCCAUCCAUUGACUAGUGCUUUAUAGCUAGUCGUAUACGUUAUUUGCUUCAUAAUUUAUCAUCGCACUUGCUAGUUGAUAAACUUUACAUAUGCGUGCUGCGUGUCUGUGUGUGUGGUAGUAUCGUUUGUACUACUGCUUGUCCUCGAGCUAGGUUACGGUACUGUAAUGGAUCUCAUGCGUGUACCGCUGCCUGCUACUAUUAUAUUUGCUUCAAAAAGAGGUUACUCCUCCUACAAUUGUAAUAAAGUAAUAUCAUAUGUCAACUUUCAGUA